GUCACGUGGUACGUGCUGGGACUAGGUAACCUUGGCGACAUCCGAUGACUAUUCUCGCGAGAUUGUAACUUCACAGUGCCGGAGGUAUCGCGAGAGCUGGCUGAGUCUUUCCACCUUCCGUGCAGUAGGUCAAUAUGUCGGAGAACGAACUUGGCAGGAAGUGGGACCGGUGUCUGGCGGAUUCAGCCGUCAAGUUCGGUGCCGGCCUCGGAUUGGGCAUCGUCUUCUCAGUGAUUUUCUUUAAACGAAAGACGUGGCCCAUCGCCUUCUCUGCGGGCAUCGGCCUGGGCAUGGCUUAUUCCAACUGUCAGAAUGAUUUCCAGUCUCCGUACCUCCUGCACGGCAAGUUAGUGAAGGAACAGUGAGGUGCAGCUGCCAGACAUCACGUGACACCCCGAGUCUGACACAAUUAGGGAGCAGCUAAUCCAGCCAAUCAGCUCUCACCGUGGAGAAUAUGCACUCGGCAGGACAGCACUUCCCACCAGCUUCUUUCUUUUCUCUCUUUUUGCCCAAAUGUUUCUGAAAUGGCUAAAAUAAAGUUAUUUAACAA